GAAGGUGCUGUACCAGAAUAACUACUUGACCGGCCGAAGAGCUGAUCAAUUGCUCUUGUUACUUCCGGGCUUUCGACGCACGGCGCGCUGCGCACUUUAUCACUUGGAAGCCUUGUGCGCACAGAUUGAAAACCUUGCGCUCUUACUGGAACAUCUUGCUGGACACGGCUCCGUCAGACCGUUGCGCGAGUCGACCCUUAGGUCGGUCCAACGUUGGCAGCGGUAAGGAGGUCCCGACGCCCGACCUCAAUGGUAGUAGCUUGAUAGCUGCUGGUGUAUGCUGGUGUUUGCGCGGACCCACGUGGCAAUUGAUUGACUGCACAGCCGCCAGUCGCCGACGUACUGGUGCGGGUUUGACAGACGGACGCCACAUCAUCCCACUUGGCAUUCCAUCGAAUGGGCAGACAGACGGACGCCACAUCAUCCCACUUGGCAUUCCAUCGAAUGGGCAGACAGACGAAAGCAGCUUCGCCUAAGGACGGAUCGACACGUGGAGCCGCAAAAAAUACCCGUUUUGGUGGCCUCUGAAUGGGCGAAGGGUGGCCGAGUCACAAAUUCUGUCCUUGCGCCUUUCCUAUCCCCCUAUCCCCUGUUGCCAAUCAGUAGAAAGAAGCAAGUCAAGCAGCAACGACGGUAGAUGACAAUCCACUCCCGAGGGUGGUGCUGAGGGGCGAGAGAGAGAGAGAGAGAGAGAGAGAGAGAGAGAGAGAGAGAGAGAGAGAGAGAGCUGUUUAGGCGCGGCGGGAAGUGAGGGAGGAGAAAGGGAGGGAGGGAGGAGAGAAAGGUAGGGAGGGAGAGGGGGGGAGGAAUGAAUUAUACGGGUGGAGAAGCAGCGCCGGCUGGGUAUCCUCAAACGGACCAGGGUCAAGGUGCAUCCCCAUAUGUGAUGCCACCCGGUGGGGGUUUUCCGCCGCCUUUGUCUCAAGCUGGAGCUCCCGGGGGGGGGUAUGGGGGUCAACCUGCGCCUUACGGUUACUACCCUGGAAUGCCCCAGCAGCAGCCAUAUGGCGCGCCCCAGCAGCUUCCAUAUGGCGCGCCGGACCAGCCAUACGGUGCGCCUCCGCAGCCUUAUGGCGCUUCCGCGGGAUUCCCUCCGCCCAUGGAAGCGGGGAAGCCUACUGCGUACGGUAUGUCGCCUAUGGUCCAGCCUCCGCAGAUGGUUUUCGCGCCUGGUACAAUGGCGACGCAACCACCACAGCAACAGCGAAAGGAUGAUGGCUGUUUAUGGGCGUUGCUAGGAGCCACUCUCUGCUGCUGUUGCUGCUGUAAUCCUUUCUGUUGAUUAUGUUGAUAGGGGGGGGUCUAACUAAAAUAGAUAGGAACACCCUUCGGGUGGGCGGGGCAGUAAAUGCAUGGAUGGGUGAAUUGUGAGUGGAUGGGGCGGUAUCAUCGCCGCGAUAUCGAUGGGUGGGGUAGGGUAGGGUAGGAGGGGUCUCCACACUCCCCAUGGUCGAGAGGAGGGGCGACGUAUGUACAUGUCAUAGUCUGCUAUUUUGUGUUGUUAUUCGUUUAUUCGUCUUUCCUGGAUGAGUCAAGUCUCGCUGUUCAGCGGUGGGCAGGCGAUUGCGAUUGGCGUUGUGUAGAAGCGUCCGUCUUAGUCAGGUGUUCGGCAGUCGAAGCGAGGCCUCUACAUUGGGAGUUCUCUCCGUCUCCUCUCUGUCCAGUCACCUUCCUUUCGGUUUCUGAGUUGGAUUCUCUCUCUCUCUUUCUCUCUCUCCCCCCUCCUAUCUCCUCCUCCUCCCUUUCUGGAUCGGACUCUCUCUCUCUCUCUCUCUCCCUCUCUCUCUCUCUCUCUCU